AUGGUAGUGGCAGUGCCCCUUCUGAACGUUAGAGAAAGCCAUGGUCUGCAUCUGAGCGAACCACACGGUGACGGAGGAGGUGAUGAGGAGGUGAUGGAGGAGGUGAUGGAGGAGGUGAUGGAGGAGGUGAUGGAGGAGGUGAUGGAGGAGGUGAUGGAGGAGGUGAUGGAGGUGAUGGAGGAGGUGAUGGAGGAGGUGAUGAGGAGGUGA